AUGGGGACAACGGGCAGAGCCCCCCAGACUCCAGCCCCCGGCCAGCCCCCGGGGGUCCCCGCUGGUGACACCACCCAGCCGCACUACGCCGUGGUGAAGAAGCUGCGCACCUACUCGGGCGCCCAGCGCUACUGCCAGGACGUGUACCGGGGCCGGCUGGCCUCCGUGCACAGCGCUGCCCGCAACCAGGAGCUGCAGAAACUGGCACGAACCUACCACAUCACCAUCUCACCCUGGAUUGGAGCUGUCACCAGCCGCAGGGCAGGGCAGUGGGAGUCCUACUGGGAGGACUCCAGCCCCUGGAACUACGCGAACUGGGCGCCCACCCACCCCUUCCACAUUGUCACCACCUGCACCACCCUCAGUGUCCGAGAUGGGCUCUGGCGAAGCCGCUUCUGCUUCCAGCUGCGCCCCUUCAUCUGCCAGUACUGA